CAUAUAUCUCAUCUCGUUAUUUCAAGAAAAAAGUUACGAACGAACUAACGGAGUCACUUUUAUUUCCCAUACGUUUUCUCGGACGAGAGAAAAUAUUUUUAAUUGUGUAUUCUUCUGUAUGGUAAGUAGUCGACAGUAUAGGCAUUGCGUUUUUUUCGCAAAUCGCUCGAGAUUCGAUUUACUUCAGUCGCGUUUCAAAAUUUCGCUGAAUUGCGCCUGUAUCUCUUCUGGAUGUAAAGAGAAAUUUAUGAAAUUUAUCGUAGGCGAUCAUGGCUAACAUUAAAACCGAAAAAAGAAGCGAGACUAUUGUAUGUACUCUGUAAAUGUCAUUCAAUGUUGCACAUAGUAUUCCAAUUAAACUAGAUUCUGUCAAUUUUAUCAAUCAGAUGUAGGGUUAAAAAAAUUAAUUGUUUAUUGUGAAGAUUUUAUUCAAUAGCACGAAAAACACUCGAGGGAUCUUAGAAUUUUAUCAUUAAGAUCUUUUUCCGUUUGUUCGGUUAUCAUUUUACUCAAACACCUAUUAUGUCUAGCAACUUCAGCCAUGGAGUGCAGGCAGCGUUUCACCGUGUAUGGAGCGGGUCGUUGGUCCUCCGGUUCCAGGCGGAGUCAGAGAAUUAUGCAAAACCUCGAGGUCGCAUCCUUGGCGUCCUACUUUGAGAUACGAAAUCGUAGAAGCUAAUCCCUUGCCUGCGCAGCCCAUAACAAAUCUGCUGGUAGACGCCAGUCGCAUGUCACGCGGACUGGCGACGGAGCCGUUGAAGUUCCCGAAUUUGGUAACCGGUUUUGAUCGCAAUCCUUCGCACGCGGCGCGUGCCGCGCUUUACACGCGAUAUACACCGUGUGAAUGGGUACGAAAUCAAAUCGAGCUCCACAAUGAGGCGAAUGCUAACAGGAACUAUUCCGAAAAAUUGCGCAAGAAGACUACAUGUUUAGUAGGAGAAAUCGAUGAAAAGAUACAAAAAGGACAAAGGAAGAGCGGGGAAAGAAUCAUGGACAUUACUUUCUGGCGGAAUGAUAUAGUUUCGGAAUUAGAAAGAUUAAUUGUAGAAAACGAUAAACUACAGGAAUGUCGACGUAAUUCGCAAAUUGUAAUCCAAAAUCUCGAAGCACAGCUACACAUCGCGCAAGAAUGUCUUUAUCAUCGGGAAUCAAGAAAAGGUAUUGAUUUGGUUCAUGAUGAGGUCGAAAAAGCUCUGCUGAAGGAAGUGGAGAUUGUGAGAAAUUGUGAGACGAAAUUAAAACAGUUCGUGGAUAAUUGUGCCAAUCAGUUAACAAACGGCAGAAGCAUACAACAUCAGCUGCAAAUUCAUGUGCAGAAGAAAGAAACUUUGGGAAUUGACAACGUUUAUCAACAGAUGAACAAUUGUAGUGGUCUGCAACGUUAUGAUGAUGUAGAGAGAUAUGAGCCUAGAACUGAAGCUUGGGCGGAAGCAUCAAACAGUAUAGUGAAGAAAUCGCAGGUGGAGCGAGCAAAGUCGCACAAAUUGCGAAGCGACAUUGACAGCGCUAUAAAUGUGAUAGGCUGCGAGAUAUUUGAGGCCUGGACUGAAACCAAUAAAGCGCUGGACAGACGAGCUGCUGAAAUGUUGGAAGCGAAAGAAAAGUUACAAACGCACCUGCACAAGAUUUUAGAAGAGAUCUAUAACGCUGAGAAGAGUAUAGUAUUAAUGCAAAAAACCAUCGCCGAUAAAAUUCCAAAAUUGAAAGUUACGCACACGCGACUGGAGAUUCGGACGCACCGACCAGAAAUUGAACUAUGCAAGGAUGAAGCUCAACUCAGGAUGCUCAAAGAAGUAGAGGAUAUUAAUAAAAUAAUGUAUAAUAUGAACAUGAAACUGCAACAGACUGAGGCACAGCAUCAGCAACUCUUGCGAACGAAAUCUAAUUUAGAAAGCAAUUUGAAGUCCAAGACAGAUGCACUAUUCAUCGAUAAAGAAAAGUGUAUGGGACUCAGAAGGAGCUGCCCGAUUUUCUCGACUAUAAAACGCUGAAGUGGUUAUUAUGUAGGUGCAUAUAAAGCCUUUAAAAAUUUUAUACCAGCCUACCAGCUGGCAAGAAAGAGAGGUCAUUCGACUCCAGUUGCCUAUAGAUCACAUCACGGCGUGAAACAGAAAAAUAUUUUUUUAUUUGAAAAAUAAAAAUAUAUAUUGCUUAAAUUGUAAUCUGAUACAACACAUAAGACUUAUAAAAUAAACAUACAACUUUUUAUGCAUAUUUUAAUGGAAA